AGGAACACACUAACACACUGACACGACAGUCCUGGGUCACUCCUGGAAUGACUUAAGCUGCAAGUGACCUGGACUGUCUGAGUGUCACCCCAGGGACGUGUUGUUUCUAGGGUAAUCAAAAUAUGUCAUUGUCAUUAAUAAUUUUCCAUUGCAGGUCUUCCAAUUUUCAUGCAUAGUCGUAGGAAUUACAAUAUUCUCUGUGUGCUGGACAAACACUUAUCAUGAGAGGUAAAGUGUUUUAACGAUUGAGAUUUUUUACACUUUCUCUAAAUGCUUGUAACACUGGUUUUGGUUGUUUAAAUAUUACCUUCUUGUAUUUUUAAGUCUUGGUACCGGUAUUUAUUGUUUUUCCCUUUUAAUAUUUUUAUAUUAUUUUUGUUGGUCACUCUUGGGAGUUAAAGGGUAACAUUUUGCUGUUAUAAUGUAAAGUUCAAAAAUUAUAGUAGGGAUUUGAUAACAUAAUUUAUGCAAAUUUAUUCUCUUAAUGGAUUUGUAAUUAUUUUCAAAUGGCCUUUACCUAAUGAAGUGUUCAACUUAUAGAAACUACCAUAGAUGAAAAUGAAUGGAUUGUUUGCCAGCUUGAUCUUCGUUUUUGUGUUUCCAGUCGUAAGGACAAGAUGAUCAAGAAUGCUUACAUGACUUACCAAAGUUAAAAUGCAAAUCUGGCUCAUGUAUAUUCUUUUUUUCAGGUCCAAAGUUCUUUGGCCAUUAUUAUUGGUUAUUCUUCUACCAAUGAAGUUAACUACUGGAUGUGGUUUUAGCUCAACAGCCAUCUUUGUAAACAAUUCAGUGCCCAAUGAGCUCCUAGCUUCUGUUAAUGGACUGGGAAUGACAGCUGCCGCAUUAUGCAGGUAGAAAAUGGAAUCCCGUCUAGUUUCUGGAAAGAAUGUCACAAAUGAUACCAAUUAGCAUUAAGUUAUGUAGACUGAAACAGGGACUGACUAUAAACUAGCUUAACUGCCACCUGAUUAAUGCCAUAACAUUUACUCAGAAAAGAAUGUGUCUGGUGGCAUUUGAACACUAAUAUUAAUAAUUAUUGGAAACACUGCUUUGAACUUUUACAGCCAUAAGCAUGCUCUGAUAGACUGGAAAGGUGUGAGGUGCUUCUGGAACUACACUGUACAAAAUAAUAAAUUGCAGCUACAUGUAUUGAACAGUUGAGAUGAACCUCAUUAAUUCACUAAGUACAAAGUUGAAUCCAGCAACUGACUUCCCAUAUGUAACUUUUUCUGUUCUUUUUUUAUCACACAGAGCCAUUGCACCAGUGAUUGUUGGAAGUUCUUUUGCAUGGUCAAUAAGUGAGGGCUUCAAGCUUGGAUUUCCACUAAACGAACACUUUGCAUUUGCAAUACUGGUCAUUAUCACUGUGUUGAGCAUUCUGUUGAGCUGUUUACUUCCAGAAGGGCUAAACAGAAGAUAUGUAACAGCAGAAAGAGUGUGA